AUGACCAGAACGAUCCCUGAUGAACUGGGUUGGUCCAGAACACUUUCCCUAUCUGGUGGUGAUCCCUGGCUCUGUGCUAUGAGGCUGUUGAUCCUGAGCUUGCUUGUUGUUCCUCCAUCACUACGGUAUCUAGAAAGACUAUGGGGGUCUAUCGAGACAGCUAAAUUCAUAUUCGUGACGGUUGUCGCGUCUAAUGUCAUUGCUGUUGGGCUCUCAUGGAUAGAGUACGUUGUUAUUGGGAAGCCAGAACUGUUCCUCUUUGGAAUGAUAUAUCGUGGCCAGUCUGCAUUACAGUGUGGAAUCCUGGUUGCCUUUACUCAAUUAAUCCCGGAGCACCAAGUACAGUUAUUUGGUGUAAUAAAAACACUCCCGAUGGCAUACGUGACCUACUCUAAUAUAAUGUGCAUCAUCGGAUAUCAAGCUCCUUUUAUUCUUAUUCAGUUUGGAUGGCUCGUAUCAUGGGUUUGGUUACGCUUCUACAAGCGAACGGUCUUGGAGGGAUCGUUGGGUGGCGUGACCACUCAUGGAGACCGUAGUGAAACCUUUGCGUUUGUGAAUUGGUUCCCGCCAAUUGCUCACAAACCGGUAUCAAUACUAUCAACUUUUGUGUACACAUACGCCGUGCGCUUCAACCUGGUGCACCCAUCUGGUUCUUCCGUUCCCGACGGAAACAACGUCGAGCUUGGUAACGGAGGAUAUGCACCUCUACCCGGUGGUGCACGGGCUGAAGCAGAACGAAGGCGUGCAAUGGCCCUGAAAGCCCUCGACCAGCGAAUGGCCGCAGUAUCGAAUUCACAGCCUGCGACCCAAACAUCGAUAUCUUCUGAAACGCCCGUAAUCCCGAAAGCGAACCAUGGACAUGCUUCGUCCUCGUCUCGCAAACUCUCAGUCACUUCGAUUCCUACUGAUUCCAAAGUACACAAGUCGGAUGAGGAUUCAACAAGAUAG